CGGACUGUCAUGGCGUCUCCCUUGAAGGGGGCUUGGUACUGAAGAAAGUAGCCGCUGUCAUUCUGCAUUUUCCCCGUCGAUCAGAGAAGCUAGCCCCCGCUUAAGAGGCUGUAAGGAGCGGAUACCAACCAUGGGGGCUGUCCAUGCUAAGAGUCUGGAUACCCUCCCGAUGCAUGGCCGGGACUUUGGUGUCAAUCCUGAUGACAUGGUUGAGACUCCAGAACCGGAGCACGAGGCAAAGCAGGAGAUACUUGAAAAUAAAGAAGUGGUGGUUGAACAUGUCAACAUUCAGGGUCUUGGAAGAACUAAAGAGGAUCUGCUCGGCUAUGAAAUCUCUGACGUCUUCCAUGCCAAAAAUCUCAUUGAUGUGAUGAAAAAAGCUCACCUCGCCAGGCAGAAGCUGCUCCGCCUGGGAAUCUUCAAUGAGGUGGAGGUUCUUAUCGAUACGUCUGAAGGUAAAGAUGCUCUGCCCAAUGGUCUAGAUGUAACUUUUGAGGUGAAAGAGAUUAAGAGGCUUACAGGAAGCUACAACACCAUGGUUGGCAACAAUGAAGGAAGCAUGGUACUGGGUGUGAAACUGCCCAACACGUUGGGUCGAGCUGAGAAACUCACCUUCCAGUUCUCAUAUGGCACCAAGGAGACCUCCUACGGCCUGUCCUUCUUCAAGCCCCAGCCGGGAAAUUUUGAACGCAACCUCGUUCUCAACAUGUAUAAAGUCACCGGUCAGUUCCCCUGGAGCUCCUUAAAAGAGACUGACAGAGGCAUGUCGGCAGAACUAAACUUUCCUCUCGGGGCGACUAACCACACGCUGAAGUGGGAGGGUGUAUGGAGGGAGUUGGGCUGCCUGGCACGCAGUGCUUCCUUUGCCGUACGAGAGGAGAGUGGCCACUCGCUGAAAUCUGCCCUCAUGCACACUGUGUCGGUCGAUUCAAGGAAUUCUGCCAUUUUCCCUAACAGAGGGGCCUUACUCCGGAUCAACCAGGAGCUGGCCGGCUACACAGGAGGAGAUGCCAGCUUCUUGAAAGAGGAUUUUGAGCUGCAGCUCAACAGACGCCUCUUCUGGGACUCGGUCUUGUCUGCUUCUCUGUGGGGAGGGGUGCUUUGUCCCAUUGGAGGACAAUCAUCCUGUAUUGCUGACAGGUUCUACCUUGGAGGUCCCACCAGUGUGCGAGGUUUUGGGAUGUACAGUAUUGGACCACAGAGUGAAGGUGAUUAUCUGGGUGGAGAGGCGUACUGGGCUGGUGGCCUGCACCUCUACACACCUCUACCCUUCAGACCAGGCAAGGGUGGUUUCGGAGACCUUUUCAGGACCCAUUUCUUUCUCAAUGCCGGCAACCUCUGUAACCUCAACUACGGUGAAGGUCCUCGGGCACACCUUCAGAAACUUGCUGAGUGUAUCCGCUGGUCAUACGGAGCAGGCAUCGUGCUGCGCCUUGGAAACAUCGCCAGACUGGAGCUCAACUAUUGUGUGCCCAUGGGAGUUCAGAGUGGAGACAGGAUAUGUGACGGUGUCCAGUUCGGAGCAGGAAUUCGCUUCCUGUAACCUCGUCACUCCGCUGAUCUCAGUCCUCCAGCAAAGGUCUUGCUUCGAAAAGGGAGAACAUUUUGUUGUUAAUCAAGUGUAACUUGUAGAAUAUGUGACACAUGAGUACUUAUGUCCUGGGGAAAUGUGCCUGAGCCCCCCAACCCACCUUUGAUACGCCCUCCUCUGAAGGACAAAGUUCCAGUGCUGGGCCGUAAAACCCGGGAACCUAUUUCCAAACUGAACAUGCUUUUCGCCGACCAGACUUGAAAGGAACCUUAACUCUGAUUUAUUGAGCAACAGCCCCAAUAUGUGACAAAAACUGCAUAUUCUGCAAACUGUCACAGCAUGUCAGCGUUUCUCUCUUCAAUUGAGGCUUUAUUUUAAUUUGAGCCACUGAUCCUUUCACCGGGGUUUGAAAUCUCCAGCGUUGGCACAUUGUCCUUCAAAGUCAGGUACCAGUGAUGUCACCCCUACUGUUUCCUAUGGUGAUACAAAGUAAUUUAUUUACUGGAAAGUUGAAGAGAUUUUGGGCAUGUUCCCAGUUUGCCUUCCAGGUUUUUUUUCUUUUUUCCAGCAGCAUGACUUGAUGCUAGUGUCCACUGCACUCUCUAUGACUUAGGUUCAGUUGUACUGUGUAAAUUGAACGAUUGUAGCAUAGAGGGAAUGAACAACCAUGUAGGAUAGGAGUCGACCCUCAUGCCAAAGUGGAUUGUUCAAAUAAUGUCAGAUGUGAAGAAUGAUGGUUUGAGUUGCUGCCACUCGCAGACCCCUCCCCCCUCCCCACCACCAUGACCUUCCACACCCUGAGCAACAUCUACCACCAGAGUGCUCUUACCUUUAGUCCUCUUUUUGAUGAUGUUGAAGCUCUUCACAAAUAAACACUUAAAACUUUA